AUGUCUGACUCCGAAUCCGAUGGGGAGUUACAGCUAUCGUCGCAUACUCUUGCUGCUUUGCAGGCCUUUAGAAAUGAGGAGCAACAAAGGGAAGAAGAGUUCCAGAAGAUGAUGAAUCAGGCCGAUGAAGAGUAUGAAAGAAAGAAAAGACAGCAAGGUAUGGACCUUUUCAAAGAAGAUUGGCAAUUAUCCCAAUUCUGGUACAGCGAUAAUACGGCUGAUACUUUGGCAGAGGCGCUCUUGGAAGGUGCUGAUGAAGACACAGUUAUUGCUGUUGUUAGUGCACCAUCUGUUUAUGCAGCUAUCUUGAAGAAACCGGAUUCCGAAAUUCCAACUAAACACAUUUAUUUGUUUGAGUUCGAUAAAAGAUUCUCACUCUUGGCUGGUGAAGACAAGUUCUUCUUCUAUGACUUCGCUAAUCCUCUAGAUUUUGAUGAUAAGUUGAAAGGGAAAGUAGAUAGACUUUUGAUCGAUCCUCCUUUCUUGAACGAACAUUGUCAAACAAAUUCUUCUAUCACUGCCAAAGCACUACUGGCUCCAAAAACUGAUGAAAAAACUUCCAAGGGGGUCCCAAAACACAGACUAAUGUCAUGCACCGGUGAAAGAAUGUCAGAAGUUAUUGCCAAAGUUUACCCAGAUACUAAAAUUACUACUUUCUAUCCAGAGCAUGCUAAUGGAUUAAGCAACGAAUUUAGAUGCUACGCUAAUUUUGAGUGGGAUCAAUGGAAGUUCUCUGAGUAA